AUGGCCAAGGCCAUGCCCAAGACAAAGGACAGUGCCAAAGAGAAAGUGAGCGGGGGACGGAAGCGGGGCGGUCGGGUCGCCGCCGGCGGCGCGGAGGAGGGCGGCGGCCGGUGCCCGGCGGGCGUGGCCGGGAAGUCCGGCGGCGGGAUGGUGACGCAGCUGGGGCUGCACGAGCUGCUGCACGUCUUCUCCUUCCUGGAGGCGCGAGACCUGCUGCGCGCCGCGCAGGUGAACAAGGUGUGGAAUGAGGUUUCAAGGACCAAGGAACUGUGGAGGCAGUUGUGUCUGAGACGCUGGUCCUCCUGCAAAGCCUCCCAGAUGGUUUUGAGCACACAGACGUGGAAGCAGUACUAUCUCUGCCGGUCUGAGCUGGAGUUCCGAGUGGAAUCUGGGCGCCCAGAAGACUUCACCUGCAAAGCUAUUGAUGGGCAUACAGGACAGAUAGAUCAGCUGGCUUACAUCUCAACCAAUGAGUACCGGUUUGAUGGAAGGGAGAAGUCUGUGGUUUGCACCGUGUCCACUGACUGUACUGUGCGUGCCUGGGAUUUGCGUGAGGUUUGCUGGAAGUGACAAUUUCCUUCCAAGUGAACUUAGUACACAAGAGAGCCAUGGCCGGUGAGAAGAGGGACCACAGACCAGGACUAAUCAGUGCAUCAGGAGACCUUGCUGAGCCCAGGUCCUGGCUUAACCUUGAUUCCUUGUGGGAAAGAGACCUGCCUGCGGGUUGUGGAUAUGUGGCUACAGGUAGGCUUGGGCUCAGGGACCCUUGGGUAGCAAGACCUGAGGGCUGGGGCCAUUCAUAGUUGGCAGAAUGAAAAGAUUUUAGCAGACCUUCAAAUAGAUUGAACACAGUUCUUUGGGCCAGAGGCCAGCACAGUUUUUCUUUCAAGAGCUAGUCAGUAACUAUUUUAGGUUUCAUAGGCCACAGUCUGUCAUAACUACUAACUCUGUGGUUGUAGCACUAAAGCAUCAUAGACAAUACAUAAACAAAUGAGAGUAGCUGUAGUCUAAUAAAAUCUGUAUUUAUGAACACUGAAAUAUGAAUUCCACAUUAUUUUCAGAUGUCAUGAAAUAUUCUUUUGAAUUUUUUUAAGCCAAAUAAUCCAACAAUAGGCAAUGGACUAGAUUUGGCUGCAGGCCAUAUGUGCUGGACUCUGUCCAGUCUGGGAUAUCUGGGAACCAGAGGUUGU